GCGGCGCCCGCGGACCCGAAGAAGGCACCCAGCGUGGCCAGCCGGCUGCCGCCUCGCCCCGCGGUGCCGUUGGGCGGGCGCGGCUCAGGGCCCGCGGCGUCGCAGGCCGCCAAGGGCGACCCGCUUCCCAAGGCGCUCGAGGAGACGUCGGUGGCCGAGAUGCCCGCCGGCAGCCUGCUCGACGCGCUGGGGCCGCGCGCGCCCACGACGCCGCCGAAGAAGAAGAAGAGGCCCCAGGAGCAGCCCGCGCUCGCCCCAGCCUCGUCGUUCCGGGCGGCGGGCGGCCUGCCCGGCGCCCCGCAGUGGCCCAAGGCCUUCGUCUUCGGGCCCCCGGGGCUGUCGCAGCCGUCGCUGGCGCCGGCCGCGGUGGCCAAGUCGACCUCCCGUCACUUCUUCCUGUCCCUGGCCCGGAUGAGGAACCAGCCGCGGCCGCCGGUGCUGGCGCCCGCCGCGCCGGCGCGCGUCCUCGCGGUGGACGCCGCCGCUCCGCCGGCGCCGCCUCGGGCGCCGACGAGCCCGAAGGCGCGGCGCGGCGAGGGCCCGCCCCGAGCGCCCAGUGAGGACGGGGCCCCCGCGCCAGCGAGCCCGAAGGGCCCCGAGGAGCCCCCGCAGGGGCAGCCCCGCCCGGCCGAGGGCGCCGACCCGAUGGGCGACUUCUACGCGACGCGCCAGGUGGGGCCGGCGGCCGGCGGCGCGGGGCCCGCCCCCGCGAGCACGGCCCAGCCCAAGCCGGUGCAGCUGCCCACGCCGCAGCCCAAGCCGGCACUGGGCAAGGAGCCCGGCGCGCGGGCCACGCCGCAGCCGCCGAAGCUGCCGCCGCCGGCGUGGCUGAUUCAGAAGGCCAACGGGCCCGGCCCCGCAGCGGCAGCGGAGGCGCCCGGCGGCCCGCCGCCGCCGCCCGCGCAGGCUGCCGCCACCGCGGCGGGGCCGCUGGGCCCCGCGGGGCAGUUCGGCGGCGACCAGGGCCCGGCGGGUCAGCUGGCCCCUCCGCCUCGCCCUGCUGGCCCCCCGCAGGCCCAGGGGGAGAAGCCGGGGUGGGCCAAGCGGCCCAUCAUGCUGCCGAGCGGCCCCCUCAUGCCGGUCAGCUUCGUCCUGCCGCACCCGCACAGCCAGCAGCUGCCGCGGCAGAUGCCGCAGAUCACCAUACCCUUCCACAGCCCGCCCUACGCGGCCCGACCCAAGCUGCCUGGCCCGCAGGAGCCAGCCCGACCCCCGUCCGACGCCAUCCUCAUGAAGAACCCGGGCCCGGCCCCCAAGACGCCCCCGAGGCAGCCGCCAAAGGCGCAGGCUGCCGCUGCGCAGCCGCAGGCGGCCGCUGCGCAGCCGCCGAAGGCGCAGGCGGUCCUUCCCGCGCCUCCCGCGCCACCCUCGGGCGCUGAGGUGGCCGUGCCGAUGCCAGUCUCCCGCCCGUGCCCCAGGCCACCCGCGCCGCCUGCAAGGGAGAGGAGCCGCAGCCGGAGCCCUCGAAAGUGACUGUGCACGUCCAGGCCGAUCCGGGUGCUGCCCUCUGCGAGAGGGCGUCCCCGGGCGCCGCUCGGCGAGGGCGCUCUGGGCGCCCGCCGCCCGCCCGCGAUGGGGGAGAAGCCGCAGCAGAAGGUCCCCGCGGGCCGCCCCCGGCGGCUGCGUGAGGCGGGGGGGGGGCCAUCGCGCGCCGGCGCUCGGAUCCUCUCCUCUUCGCCAUCGAGCAGCCCUCCUCCUCGUCCUCCUCAUGUUGUACCACUUUGCUCUUCACUCCUCCACGCCAUGUCUUCUGCCAAUCGAUUAAUGCGCGCUCCCAUUAGACAAGCGAAUGGUCGGCCCCGGUGCUUCUAUGCAUGGGGGCGGCGCAUAUUCUUUAUACAGGUGCUGUGCAGUGGGGCGGCGCGUACUCUGUACGCACACACAUGCACGCCGCUGCACGUGGAGGACAUUCUGCCGUGCGUGCGCACACCGCCGCACACGGCGUCGUUUGAGGAUCGGGGAUGCCCGGCCGCCCGCCCGCUGGCUGAGCUAUAGGAGCCGGCGCGCCGCUGUAGGCGCAGGGCGUGCCCCCGCCCCGUGCUCGCGUCGGAGAGCCCCGGCACCGGGAGCUCACGGAGACGCGAGGCGCCCGAGGGGACCCGCAAGAUCGCCGUGUGCCUGCGGCACGCUGCCAGGUAAUGCGUCGCUCCGGCGUGCCCGGCGCUCCACCAGGCAGAGUCACACGUUCUGUGCGAUGGGGGCGAUGGAGGGGG